AUGUGUCAUUUAGGUAAAAAAUGUGAGUUAAAGUUCAUAUCAACGGACAAAAAUCCAAUCGAGUACAAUUACGGUCCUCGAUCUGUUGCUGUUGGCAACUUUAACAAUGAUGAUUGGUUAGACAUUGUUGUUGCUAAUCAGGCUGUUAACUUUAUUGUCAUACUUCUUGGAAAUGAUGACGCAACUUUUUCAAGGCAAAUAAAGUAUUCGACAGGUGACAAUUCGUCUCCGUAUAUGGUUGCAGUUGGUGAUCUGAACAACGAUAAUCGAUUGGAUAUCGCUGUGGCAAAUUUUGGCGCUAACAACAUACUGAUCUUCUUUGGAUUUGGUGAUGGAUCUUUUGGAAACCAAACCGUGAUCUCAACUACUUCGUCUCGCCCACUCUGGAUACACAUAGCUGAUAUCAACAACGACAUACUACUCGAUAUAGUCAUUGUUAGCUAUGGCACCAACAGUAUUAGUGUACUGUUUGGAUAUGGACAUGGACAUUUUUCCAGUCCAAUCAAGUAUUCAACAGGCUACGAUUCUCUUCCAUUGUCAGUCGUCUCUGGAGAUUUCAACAAUGACAAUCAACUGGAUCUUGCUAUAGCUAAUUCUGGCACAAACAAUGUGCUUAUACUCCUUGGAAAUGCCGAGAAUAAUUUUACAGAACAAGCGACAUUUUCUACUGGUUCUGAUUCUCAUCCAUGCUCACUCGCCGUUGGCCAUUUUAACGAUGACUUUCUGUUAGAUAUCGCCGUCGCUAAUUUUGGUGCUGACAAUGUAGGUGUAUUUAUCGGCCAUGGUAACGGAACUUUCAUACUUCAAACCACAAAUCUGCUUGAUACUUCUUCUCCGUAUUUCAUUACCGCUGGUGACUUCAAUAAUGACAAACGACUAGAUUUAGUUACAACUAAUAAAGGUACGAACAGUGUAAGUAUCCUAAUUGGAUAUGGUAACGGUAGUUUUCUAAGACCUACAAUGUAUUCAGCCGGAUCUUCUUUUUCGACUUCAUUGGCCAUUGGUGAUUUUAACAAUGACAAUCGCCUAGACGUUAGUGUGGUUAACAAUGAGACUAACAGCAUAAGUAUCUUACUUGGUUAUGAUGAAGGCUUUGCUAAUCUAACAACUUAUUCAGCUGGUUCUCGUUGUGUAGCUGUUGGUGAUUUCAACAACGACGCUCGCUUAGAUAUCGUCGUCACUGACGACUAUGACAGAACUGUAACUGUACUUCUUGGAUAUGGUGAUGGCUCCUUCGAAAAUAGAAUAACAUCUCCUACUGGUUUUUCGCAAUAUUCUGUAGCUGUUGCUGAUUUAAAUAACGACACCAAAUUGGAUAUCGUGGUUGUCUAUCAACUUGACCAGAAAAUAGGUAUACUUCUCGGAAAUGGCGAUGGCUCUUUUGCCAAUCAAAUACUGUAUUCAACUGCCUCUUCUAGUAAUCAAAAGCCAUAUUACAGUGGCUCACAGCCAUACUUUGUAGCUAUUGCUGAUUUUAAUAAAGACGAUAGACUAGAUAUUGUCGUCGUGAAUAACGGUGACAACAAUAUAGGCAUAUUUCUUGGAUAUGGUAAUGGUUCUUUUGCUAGUCAAACAACAUUUUCAACGGGCUCUGAACCAUAUUCAGUAGCUGUAGGUGAUUUCAACAAUGACACUCGACUGGAUAUUGUUGUUGCUAAUUUGCAAAACGACAGUGUUAGUGUAUUGCUUGGAUAUGGUAAUGGGUCUUUUGCAAAACAAAUGACGUAUUUAACUGGUUCUCAACCAUGCUAUGUAGCUGUUGGCGAUUUCGAUAACGAUACACGACUGGACAUCGUUGUUGUGAAUCAACGGUCUCACAAUGUAGGAAUACUUCUCGGAUAUGGAAAUGGGUCAUUUGCAAAGCNAUCAGCGUUAAAAACUAUGUUCGUUCGAAUAAUUUAA